CCAAGUUGCUGUGAUUGCAUAGCAACCGAAUCAGAGAUCAUGUUUCUAAUUUCUUCCAAAGUUCAAAAUGAGCGACAAAGUCCAGCAUCCAAACGAGCAGGACUCGGUGUACAACCAGCUCCGCCUGGCGGGAAAGUUAACCGACGCCGUCAUCAUAGCCGAGGGCGUCGGGUUCCCAGUUCACAAGAUCAUCCUCUGCAACUGCACUCCGUAUUUCUGCGAACUCUUCACACGGAGUUGCAGCCUCGACCAAGAGAUUUUCCACAUACCAGGCAUAUCCGCGGAAGUCAUGGGGCUCAUACUCGACUACGCGUACACCAACUCCCUCACCAUCACCGCGGGCAACGUACAGCAGCUGCUGCUGACGGCCAACCUGCUGUGCGCGCCCGAAGUCGUGCACGCCUGCUGCAUCUUCAUCGAGGACCUGAUCCACCCGGACAACUGCAUCGGGAUGUGGAGGUACACGACGACCGUCUGCCCGCAGCCCGUGCUGCACUUCAAGAUCUACUGCUACAUUCUGAAGCACUUCGAGGCCGUCGCCCUGUGCGAGGAGUUCCUGCUGCUCUCUGCCGGGGAGCUCACCGACAUCAUCGAAACGGACAACUUGAUCGUAAAAACGGAGAGGACGGUGUACGAGGCCAUUUUAAGGUGGACCAGUCAUGCUCUCGAAGAGCGACAGGCGCACUUCCCUUCUCUCUUUUCUAAGAUCCGGCUGGCCCUGUUGGACGUGGACUACAUCAGAGACAAAGUGCUGCCCAGUACGCUGACGCAAGGACCGUGUCUCUCUCUCCUCUCUGAAGCCACCAAGACAAUAACCCAGCUGCUCUCAAUCAGGCCUUAUUUGACCGGUGUCUGCAACCCCCUGGCCCGCCCUCGGUUGCCGACUGGCAUCCUACUUGCCAUCGGCGGCUGGAGCGGCGGCGGUCCCACCAACGGCAUCGAGGCGUACGACGUCCGCGCCGACUGCUGGAUCAACGUGACCAACAACACGGAGCGUCCUCGCGCCUACCACGGCACCAUCUUUCUCAACAACUUCGUCUACUGCAUCGGCGGCUUUGACAGGCUGGAGCAUUUCAACAGCGUGCGCAAGUUCGACCCCAUCAAGGGCAACUGGCACGAAGUGGCUCCCAUGUACUACCAACGAUGCUACGUUAGUGUCACGGUGCUGAACGGCUGCAUCUACGCCAUCGGAGGCUAUGAUGGACACAUGAGACUAAGCACAGCUGAGUACUAUCGGCCCGAGCUCAACCAGUGGACUUUGAUUGCUCCCAUGCAGGAGCAAAGGAGUGACGCGAACUGCACCACCCUCAACAACAAGAUUUACAUUUGUGGGGGAUUCAAUGGACAUGAUUGCCUGCAGACAGCUGAAUAUUACAGCCCAGAGACCAACCAGUGGACGAUGAUCUCCCCCAUGAACAGCCAGCGCAGUGGGAUAGGAGUCGUUGCAUAUGCAGGUCAUGUUUAUGCGGUCGGUGGCUUCGAUGGCAACAGCCGCCUGCGCUCGGUGGAGGCUUACAACCCCGAGACUAACGCCUGGACAAAUGUGGCCUCCAUGAUCACCACCCGCAGUAACUUUGGGAUUGAAGUAGUCGAAGACCGGCUCUUCGUGGUCGGGGGCUUCAACGGCUUCACCACAAGCUAUCAUGUCGAGUGCUACGACGCCACAAGAAACGAAUGGUUAGAGGUCUGCGGCAUGGGGAUCUUCCGGAGUGCCGUGAGCUGCUGUGUGAUAGCCGGACUUCCCAACAUGCCAGAGUACGUGGUCCCUCGUGACGCCCUGCCCCUGCUGCCUAUAGAGGAGGACCACGAAACGGAUUCAGGAGACUCCUCCUAAAACUAGCGGAUUAAGACUUUCUCUUUAGUGCCAUCAUCUAAGACAGGAACAAGUGUAAGAUUGCAUCGUCAAUAUACCAUUGAGAGCAUCAAACCACUGUCCAGCAGGCUUUUUCCUUUGCUAAUAUUUGCAUGAACAUUUUCACUUCAGAGGUCGGUAAGACGGAGCUAAAAUAACAAAUCACAUGUUGUUUUGAGGCUAUGCACCAUCUGGCUGCACUUGCAAAUCCCUUCUCAGAGUUUAUUCCUCAGAUGUCUUUUGCACCCGUUUCCAGACAUUGUCACAGACUCACGGGCAUGAAUGUCACUUGUGAUUGCGAUCGGUCUCGGCUGAAUUUGCUUGACAAAACUUGUUGAAUUAAAUCAAUGGUCAGUAAAAGGAACACAGAUAAGGUCCAAGAAAAAGAAUUGUAGAUUUCUAUCAAUUGGGAAUAUGUUUUUUUGAGCAAUUUCCAAACAUUUAUUGAUUCCAUGUUCCAUUUUCUGAGGCCUUAAGGAGGGAGCCAUUUUGUCAAAAUCAGAUUGAAAGAUAUUCACAAAGAAUCCAGGAACUGCUAAGACACUAUGUAAAACAUAGUAAAAAAAAACAAAAACACCUUUUAGAUUAAUAGUAACCAACAUUUUGUCAAAAGUCUUAGCGAUCAGCAAGAUGUUGUUUUCCAAAUGCGAGGUGGCCCAUUAAUUAAUUUUAGGUCAGGAGUGUGUUGUCCAUUCUGUCUGUAUUGAUAAAUCAUGGACCUUAACUGAGGGAAAUGAGCUAUACAAAACUUUUCACAUUGUUCAGAAUUUUUUUGUGACCCCUUGGUUGAGUUGUAUAUGCAAUGUUGGCGUAAUAUUUUGUAUGUUUACACGUCCAUCUUUUACAGUACUACUGUGUGCCACUGGUUUAUGAAGGUAAAGAAAACAGUGAAAAUACAAAAGUGUUCGCUAGUCAGUUAUUGGUUGGUAGGUGUGGUUUUUAGUAGUCACAGUGCAUUGAUUGCAACAAUAACAAAAAGAAAAAAACUUACAUGUUUAAAGAAAUCAUUUAGGGGUGUCGGUUUCAAAUCUGUGGAAUGUUGCCAUAACAACAAACUGGCCUUGCCACUUUGGCUGCCUUUACACCGGAAGACAUUUGAGAGGAAUUGAUUAUAAAAGUCUGAGAGGUGUUAAGGUGGCAGAAGUCUACUUUGGUCUUAUUCCCCCUCAGGCUGGCCAUUAGUCACAGCGACCAGGACAAAUAUGGAGAACUAAUCUUUUAUCCACCACCUGUAGAGGAUCAGUAAAGAGGAAAGAAUAGGAUAGGUCUUUUUUUAAAGCAUAAAUUAGUAUUGUUAAAUAAUGACAAACUGCUAUCUAAGCAGUACCUCAUGUACAAAUAGUCAGUUUUACUGUAAUGAUGGCAAUUAUUUCACAUGUUUGCUUUUUUUUCCUGCUGUCUGACAAAAACAGACAAGAAAUGCAUGUUUGUUAAAUAAUGAUUAAAAAAAAUCCCCCAAGAA